AUCAGAAUCCCAACGCCAUAUAGUGAGAGAGAAGCAUCAUCCGAAGUACAAUGUUAUUGCGCUCCUCGCCUUCAUCGUCGUCGUCGUCGUCUUGUACUGCGGAUUUUGUGUGAUAUUCAAAAUGUCUACCCGUGCGGAGGACUGACCGAGGGAACGGAAAAUAUCCAGCCAUUCCGCAGCCGGUUGAUUGCGUUGGCCAGACUGAUUUCGGUGCGUUCAGUUCUAGUCGGGUUUCGCAAACAGCACGAAUCGAUUUCGCCGCGUCCUCCGUUUGUGUCCGUCGCAAUCGUGGUCUCCGUUUUUAGUGUGUUCGGUGGAUUUUUAGGUUUUUCUGUGUGUUCCGUGUGAAGUUUGUCCAGAAGCUAGAUCCUGGGUUGACUGGAAAAAUUCUGGUACCCCCGUGCAUAGAACGUCCGCUGUGCACCAUCGAAGAAAACCAUUUUCAAAUCAAAAUUUGGAAAGUGACAAGAAAGAGCCACCAAAAAAGGGGUGCGAAAAUGGAAAACCCUUCAGGCAGAGCCUAUUUUUCACCGGAGAUUGCGUAAAAAUAGCUUCCUCUGCUUCGUGUGGUAACGAUUUCCGGUCCGGCGAAGAGGUUUUUAAUUUAGGAAAAUCGCAUUUUUCCAUCUUCGGCGAAUCGAUCGCAUUUGCUUGAGAGUUCGGGGUCCGGUUGAAUCUGUACCAGUUUGCUUAGAAUCCUGAUUUGCAUGAAAAGCAUAAUCGGUCCCAGCCUGAAGUGUGAUACCAGCCAGUGCCAGAAUGGCCUAGUGCAGUGGAUAGUCGAAUUAGAAUUCCCACAGAAUCCCAUCCAGUCAGUGCACUCUCUAGUAAGUGGAAAGAAUGUAAAUAUCGAAGAGAAGAAAAAACAAGAAAAUCAAUAUUUACUACGGUAGAGCAAAAAAGAGGGUCUGUGCGCGUGUGUGUGUAGGUUUGUUAGUCGAGCAGCCACAGAAAGCAGAGAGAUCAAAAGUGGAAAGUGUGAGAGAUAACAAAACAGAAUAGAUUGUGCGGUGAAAGAAGCCCUCGGAAAAAGAUAAGGUAGUUUGAUUGUUAGGCGAAGAGGAGGAAAGGAAGGAAAGAAUGCGACAAAAAUUCUGUGAUUAAUGAUAGUGAAAGCCCAUGUUGGGAGCAGCAGCUCAAACGAAGUAAGCUGAUUCCGAGAGCCCGACGAAGGGCAAAUUUGUUGAAAAAAAGUGAAUGUGAUCGAAGGUAAUUAAUGCCUUGCUGUAUUUUCGAAUUUUGUGUGUGAUUGAGUUACAGGAAAGCUCACUGCUCACGGGCUAGCUGAGGAAGUACUUAGCAGAAGAGUUACUAUUCUUCCUGAUUUUUUGGAACCGUUAACAAGUGUUUCUGGUAAAGUUGCAUCUACGAAAGUUUGUUGAUUUAUUGUCCAGCACCAGGUCGAGAAGAUCGUACCGGAAUAUUGAAGCAGCCAAACACAUUCCAAUCCAUUGCAACAGAAAACGUAGUCUACGCCAAUUGAUAUUGAAUUAUAUUUAAAAUCGCUUUUCAAUUCCUACUACCAUAUUGUAGCCAUAACAUUAAUAUAACCAACAAAAGUGCUAAUUAUACUACAACAAAAAGAGAACAGUUUUUAACUCACGCAUCAUAUUCACCACAUCAAAGUAGAUCCGUUAGGGAUUCUUUUCUCGUUUCUCCGAUUGCAAUCGAGUAUAUAGAGUGUGACUUUUUCGAUCAUAAUAAUUAUUAAAAAAAAUAUAUAAAAAUUAUAUUACACGCCCAGUAAAAGCUUAAUCAUAGUGAUCAACAAAAUAGUAGUGCUUUCAAAGUGAUUAAACCGUGCGGUGGUUUUCAUUGCUCUCAAGUCUAGCCGAUAGAAGUAAUUUGCGCCGUUAGCUCCGGAGCGACGAGGCGAGGAAAAGUUUAGCAUUGAUGUGUUAAUUGUUGGAAAAAGGUAUCCGGCGAGCAAAGUUACCACUAACCGCAACGGAUCGACUUCCAAUCAGGUGCGGGAGGUGAUAAUUAGCGGCGGGGUUGCAAAAGUUGCAUCCAGACGUCAGUUUAAUCAUGUUGCCAGCGGCCGGCUCUGACCGAGCCCUCCAUCAGCUGCUGACCGGGCAGAUUGUCGCGUUCAUUGUUGUAACUGUAUUUGUUGUUGGAAACUUAUGUGCCUGGCAGGAGAAUGUGCGACCGAAGCUCUACGUGUCACUAGUCGACGAGGAGUACCUAAAGUUUCAGGGAAAUGAAUCGACAAUCGACUACUUCAAGCUAGUGCUACGGGAUGGCACCAGCAACAGUCUGCUGGUGGGUGCAAGGAACAUCGUAUACAACCUGAGUAUAUACGAUCUGAGUGAACAGACGCGGCUGGUUUGGUACUCAUCGGAGGAUGACAUCAAAAUGUGCGUGAUGAAAGGCAAAGACGAGGAUCUCUGUCAGAAUUAUAUCCGCGUGUUGGCGCUCCCGACACCAGGAACGCUGCUCAGCUGCGGUACCAACGCGUUCAGGCCCAUGUGCCGGAUGUUCGGCAUCAAUGGUAACAGCUACACGGUUGAGUCGGAAAAACCCGGUCAGGCCGUGUGCCCAUACGAUCCUGCCCACAACUCGACGGCGGUGUUUGUCGAUAACGAACUCUACUCCGGCACGGUGGCUGACUUCAGCGGUCUUGACCCAAUUAUCUACCGGGAGCCGCUGCAAACCGAGCAGUACGACAGUUUGAGCCUGAACGCUCCCAAUUUCGUCGGAUCGUUCACACAGGGUGACUUUGUCUAUUUCUUUUUCCGCGAGACGGCCGUCGAGUUUAUCAACUGUGGAAAGGCCGUCUUCAGUCGAGUCGCCCGUGUCUGCAAGUGGGACAAAGGUGGUCCCCAUCGAUUUAAGAACCGGUGGACUACAUACCUGAAGUCUCGUCUCAACUGCUCAAUGCCGGGCGAUUUCCCGUUCUACUUUGACGAAAUUCAAUCGACAAGCAGCAUGAUAGAAGGUCGGUAUGGCCACGGAAAUUCCAAGCUAAUCUACGCCGUGUUCACAACAUCGACCAACGCGAUUGCGGGCUCUGCGAUAUGCGCAUUCUCGCUACAGGAUAUCGCCGACACGUUCGAAGGAAACUUCAAGGAGCAAAGUGGAUUAAACUCUAAUUGGCUGCAUGUUAACCCAUCGAAGGUUCCGGAUCCACGACCCGGCUCGUGCCACAACGACUCGCGAACGUUGUCAGAUUUAACGCUCAACUUCAAAAAGACGCAUUCACUGAUGGAUGAAAAUGUGCCAACAUUUUUCGGUUCACCGAUUUUAACUCGCGUUAGCACAGUCUAUCGCUUUGCCGCCAUUGCCGUCGAUUCACAGAUCAAAACUCCCGGUGGGAAAACCUACGAUGUAAUUUUUGUCGGUACAGACCAUGGAAAAAUCAUCAAGACUGUGAAUGCGGAAUCGGCGGAUUCCAAUAAAAAGGUGUCCUCGGUUGUCAUCGAGGAAAUCGAUGCUCUUCCGACUAGUGAACCGGUGCGAAGUUUGGAAAUCGUACGAACGAUGCAGUACGACACGCCAAAGGAUGGAAGUUAUGAUGAUGGGAAAUUAAUUAUAGUCACCGAUACAACCGUGAUAGCGAUUAAAUUACACCGUUGCAGUAGUGAAAAGAUAACAAGUUGCAGCGAGUGCGUGGCUUUACAGGAUCCGUACUGUGCCUGGGACAAGAUUGCCGGCAAGUGUCGAUCACACGGCGCCCCUCGAUGGUCGGAGGAGAACUAUUUCUACCAGAGCGUUGCCACCGGGGAUCACGCUGCCUGCCCUUCCGGAAAGAUGCCCAAGGAUGCCAACGUCGAGAAGCAGGGAUACCGAGGUGACAUCGAUUACGAUCCUCAGCGUCCUAGCAAAGAUCAGCCUGGGAACGAUAUGAUCAGCAUAAUGCAGGAUAAGAAUGCCUACGAUGACAAGGGUCCACAGAUAACUCCCGAUUUGAUAAAUGCUCAAUACACUGUGGAAACCCUGGUAAUGGCGGUCCUAGCGGGAGCGAUAUUCGCCCUGCUAGUGGGAUUCAUUACCGGUUAUUUCUGCGGUCGACGAUGCCACAAGGAUGAAGACGACAAUCUACCCUAUCCGGAUACGGAAUACGAAUACUUUGAACAGCGCCAGAACGUGAACCGGAUACAAACCGAACCGAAGUUGCUUCCACAGGUCGAAGAAGUGACCUAUGCCGAGCCCGUACUAUUACCUCAGCCAUCUAGUCAGAACAAGAUGCAGCAUUCGCCAAAAAAUACGCUAAGAAAACCGAUGGGCCACCACCACGGGGUUAACUCGGAAACCCUAUUCCAGUUCCAGCCCGAUGGCUACAAUGCUCGUGAUAAUUACCGAGGUCGUGACAACUUCGGUACUCUUCGAUCCCAUCAAGGUGAUAAUUAUCGUCGCGGUGACGGAUUCUCAACAACAAGAAGUGUGAAAAAAGUAUAUCUCUGAGACGGGAACGGGGCGGCUGAGACCAGCCAGGGACUGAUUAAUCAAAAUAUGCACUUUUAUAUAGGUCCUUAAUACCAACACUCGUAACAGAAGUCUCGGCCGAAUGAAAAGGCAGCCGCCCCGGCAUGGCAUAGUAACGCAACAUCGUUCCGAUAGUCCACAGAAUUCCAGUUCCGGAUCUUCCCCGGUCAUGUCUAACAGUAGUUCUAGUCCGGCGCCUCCCUCGAGCAGUCCUAGUCCACAAGAGAGCCCAAAAAAUUGUAGUUAUAUUUAUAGAGAUUGAUUAAUAAACAAACCCCAGCCACCCCCGCAUAGCGUCAGCACUAGUAGUAACAGCAGAGGCGUCGCCCCUAUCAGCAGCGCAACUCGGCCGUUCGGUGAAGGUGCAAUCAAUCAAAGAGUCCCAUCAGCAGCAGCAGCAGUUGUUAUUCUACGUGAUUCUGCAAACAGCAGCGAUGCAAACUGGAAACUAAAUCGUCUUUCAACCUCAUCCUCACUUUCCAUCAUAACGCCACCUUCGACCCCGAAACGCCCCUCGGCGGGCCGUCUCAAGAUGGCUCUCAGUUUGUCGUUGGCGCACAACUUUAACCAGAAGCUAGCCAACCUGAACGACAAGUGGAACGAUUUCAGCUUCAUGUUGAAGCACAAUCCAGUGAAGGGAGCGGCGAAAAACGAUUCUUACCACUCGAUCGAGUCAGCUGUGACCUGCACGGCAGCAGAUCUAGAAGCGGGCAACCUAAGUGGCGGCAUCGACGAGGGUGAUUACAAUCGGAAGAUACAGCGAAUGGGCAUUAGAGGUGGCACCAGUGGGUUUGUAGGAAAUAGCGGUAUCGGUAAGUCCAAUCAUAAUCAGCAACAGCAAAAGUCAUACGAGUGGCACAUGCAACGACUGUCACCUCGACGCAACAGUGCUAGUGGUGAUCCUAAAGAAUUCGAUGUGCUGGUAAUGAAACCCAUGGACAAUUGGGAUGAUAAUGAAAGUUUUUAGUAGAAAAAAAAUGGCUUCCAUCGGUUGGUUUUCGUUAUGUCCUUAAUUCGCUUGCUACUGCUUCAGCUGAAAUUUGUCGAAAAGGCACAAAUGCUAAAUAACUUAUGACAACCUCAGAGGAAACGAUACACACAAAAAUUCAAGUGACUAAAGCGCGCCAGAAGUAGUUUUGUCUCAAUUUACUUUCCAGGCUAACUGUUAAAAGGGGGACAAGCAUCCGCCUAAGUUAGAGCAUUUACGCAAACGCAUCCAUCACAAACUGAUAUUACACUAAGGAAGUAGGAACUAAAAUCAAGUAACUAACGCAUGUACAUACCGUAAGAAACAUAGCAACCUAAUGAAAUAUAAAACUACUAGGGAUUUUUGCAUUAUAGCAUGCAGUGAAGUGAAACAGAAAAAAAGCAUUUUUGCUGUAGUAUUACGAAACGUAAAUUCUCAAAUCAGUAGGCCAUGAGCAUAACAAGCUAUAGGAUUGUACAUAUACAAGAAAAACAAUAUUCGUUUUUUACUAAUGCUAAGUUUACCAUAUAGGAUCCUUUCUUCAUCAAGUAAGCUUAGCGACCGUCGAGAUAAACACUCGCUCUGAUUUCGUCCCCAUCGCGUUGAUUUCGAAACCACCUCCUUUAAUGCCAAAUCAACAAAUCUCAUCGUGAUAUAGAAGACACAAAUAUUGAGUAAUUCGUGUGGAUGGUAUAGCUACACGAGAGAAACAUAGCAUAUUUAGGUGCGAAUCGCUGCUGUGCUUCGAUGGCGUCCAACAAAAAAUGAUGCAAUAAGUGACAUGUUAAGAUUUAAUGAUUGGAGCUAUCGUCGAUGAUGAUCUGAAGAUUAGUUGAAUUUUUUUGUUAUGGUAAGUGAAAGAAAAAAAAAAAUUUUUUUUUUGGUUGUUAAAUUAUAUUUUAUGAAAAAUCUUGUUUUAUUUACCCUGAGGUCUGAAGUGAAUUUAGUGAAAGGGUUCCUUUUAUUAGGCAGGAACAAAUUAUUAUGAGGUACAUAGCAGUAAAUAGUUGUAGUUCGCGUUAAGCAAGUGAUCUGAAGCAAAUUAUGCAUUUUUUAUAAUCUGGUUUUGAGCAGGUUUUAUUUUGGUUUAGCUUACUACAAACAUUUUUGGGUUAUCAUUUAAUAUAUAUUUAUUCUGUAAAAGCAGCAUUUUGAUUUAUGUGAGAGUAGAAUAUAUCACAGUUUUCCUUGUUUGACCUUUUGUGCAAGCCUAAAGUUUUUGUUUAAUUAUUUAGCUGCAUCGUUAGUCGAAAAAUAAAUAUUUAUUUAUUUACAUCGUUAGUUUCGUGAAUAAGUGUAACAGACAAACUUUUAUGACUUUAAAAUUAGUAUAACAAAUGUAUUAUUGAGGUAAUGUUUAUAUGCAAAAUCUCGAAAGUUCUACUUAAACCAAGAAUUCAUAAUUUCUCCAUUCAACCUAAUUUAUACCAAUUCGCGUUGAAGCUAUUCUCGUUAUUUACUUUUUUGUAAAUCUUAUUGUUGUUUCUGUGGCCCACUUUUCAAUUGUGUCCUAAGAGUUUUAUGGUAUUACACAUUUUUGUUAAACAUAUUCUGAUGCUUCUUUUAUUUUCCGGUAAUCCUAUACAUAUAUCACGUGACAUGGAAGCCGGUCAGAGUUAACAUUUACAAACCUAGAAUAGUAAAUUAUCAUACAAUCCAACUUUAUCAGCAAUGUCUAAUACAACUUACAAUAUUUUUAAUUUUCAAUCGACAUCUCUGCUGGAAAAAUGGUAUUUGGGAUUUGAUUUUCUCAUAACCCUUGGUUUCUUUCGAAUUUCCCUGUGUACUUUUCUAGCUUUGAAUGUUAUUAUUUUAGAAUGGAUUUUGCUGCUAACAUUUCCGACUAAUUCAAGAUCACCCGAGCAGUUAAAAAGUAACAUACAUACCUCAAUAAAUAACGACACAGACAAACGACGGACAAUCUAUGAAAAAUGGUGUUGAAUUUCAACGAAAAAGAUUUGUUUAUUUACAAACGGAAAUCACUAAUGUCAUCAUGCCCAUGUUGUUUAUGGACGACAACGUUUUUAAACAACUAUAACUUUUGAUUGAGGAAAAAUUUGCUCACAAAAAGAAGUAAGACUAAUAAAUGCCUUUCAUUUGAGUAUUAACAGUUACAAGGAUCAGCUUUAGAACUGAAGUUAUUACAAUUAGUCUGAUUGGAUUCCGAUGGAGUAGUGCUGAAAUGGAAAGUUUACGUUGACGAUGGAAAAGGAAUUUUUAAUAUAUCUUCGUUAUGUGGGAAUAUUAUUGAAAACUGACAAAACUUAUCAAUUUUAACUGCGUUUGGUUGCGUUGCGCACGUAAUUUAACUAAUGUAAAUAGGCUAGGAGAAUUGUAGUGAGCAUUGGAAGAUAAAAAUUAAGCAACUUCUAGAACUACCAGGGAAGCACCUCUUCCUUAAAAAAGCUUUUCGUGUUUCUUGAUCCCACCGUUUUCAGGAAAAAAAAUAGUUUUGAAACCCAACAUGCACUAGAGAAAAGUUGGGCAUGAAAGGGUCAGCAUGCCAAAAUCGGCCCCAAUAUUAUCCUAAUCUAAAAACUCUUUUUAAAAUUCAUGAACUUAAAGAUUUGUUUAAAGAAUGUUUAGAUGGUUCGAUGUCAGGUGGAGAUAUCAUGAUCGGGACAAAUGGCGGGCAUGUUACUGAUUUCCGUUUGUAACUAAGUAAAUCUGUCUUGCAGAAAUUCAACGACCUUAUCAUAUUACGGAACAAAUGGAAGUCAAACAAAGUGUCACACGAUGAUUAAAAAUGCGUUGUUAUCCCGUGAUGGCCGCAUUCGCUGGGUGGCGAAACCAUCGAAGAGGUAUUCUCGGGGAAUUGUUGCUGCGCAAUGUCCUAGUUCUAGCCAAGAUGUUAACUAGUUCGAUGAGGCCCAAUAAAUCGAUGCGUGCUAACAACAAAGCGACCACAUCUAGGGCUCUUGCUGUAUUUGAAUUUGUUGCUGGAAAGUGUCGAGUUUUAUUAGUUGAUAGCAGUUUUCGUAGCUUGGUGGCCGAAAAGAAUCGUACCAAGGAAGCUGUCUCAGAGCAAAUCGUAUGGAUUUGUGUUUAAUACCUUCAAUUCGAUCGCUACCUUUUUAUGGCGCCAGUUCCAAAUCGUCGAACAAUACUUCCAGGAUAGUCAAAUCAGGAAACAGUACAGAAUUAUCAGGCUGUGUACAUCCAUGAAUGAUUUGGUAGCACGAAAGAUGAACCCCAUGUCGACAAACAACAUAAAAUAUAUGUAAUAUCCCUCCAAGGUCCUUCACAGAACACUCUCGAGGAAUAAGCAGUUCUGAUAUAUUAUAGUCGAAAUUUAUUGGUUUUUCCUUUCCCAGAGAAGGUGAUUGCAUAACAUUUUGCGCGAUCUAGACUCGUGCAAUUGUCGAUACACCACUCGCCAAAGACAAGACAUCAAAUUGUGUUUGCAAAAAGUGUGCAUCUGCUAAAGACCCGCCUACGACACGCGUCAUCUUCUCAGUCUAUAAUUCACAUCAUUAAAGUAAAGUAGGAAGAUAAGCAAAUCCAAACGGCUUUCCUGCGGGAUGCCAAAUAUUUCAGUGUUUUCAUUGCCUAUAUUCACGCUAAGCUGGCGGUCAUCGAAAUACCAAUGAAACCAACGAAGGAGUGAUCCCACUUUGGCCAACUUAGCGAUGUCUUGAUUGAUUUUAUCAAGACAUCGAAUUGUGUAAAUAGCAUCGGUUUGCAACCCGUCUUGGGAUGCUUCAGAGACCAAAGAAUGGAUUCGCCAUAGUCGAUUGGCUAGGCAUGAAUUCUUGUUGGUCUGCUGAGAUACAUUGCUUGCAGUGAAAGAACACCAGCUUCAUUACAAUUAACUCGAAAAGUUUAGAUACCGAUACAGUGGACUAGAAACACGAAAGCUAAUUAUCAUAACAAUGGAAAUGUUACUGAUGAUAGAAACUCAUCUAAUCACCGACUAGAACGGUACUGCAUUUUGCAGUAACACAGACCAUUCAGGCUAGGAGAAGACUCUGAUUCUAGCCGGGAGGUAGCUGAGAUAAUAUGCAAACUACUAGCUUGAAGUUCAGUUAUCAAACGUUCUAGUCGAGGUGCACUUCUGGUGGUAGUGGCAACCUGGUUCACCGAUAAGGUUUCGGCGACCAAAACAAUGAAUAAUUUGGCGGGAAAAAUCGUGCAGAUCAUUCUCGACUUUGUCAAAAAGAAAUUGACGAAGGUUUCGAGGUUUUUUCCUGUGUCCUUGAACCGGUUACAAUAGAGCUGACGAUAGGCAGAUGGUCGCUACGCUGGGGAUCUGGGAUUACAUUUCACGUGCAAUCCGACUGUAGUGAUGUCAAGCACAGAGAAAAAUGUUACGCAGUUGCGCGUGCUGGCGAAGGAGAAAUCCCCGUAGUUUAACCCGUUUUUAGAAAAGGUUAUUUUAAAAUUGUUACAAAGACUAUCUAUCAAUGUAGAUCUUUUAUCGUCGCGAAGACAUCCCCACGCUGUAUCGUGGGAAUUGAAGUCUCCUAGACCUAGCGGCGGAGCGGAGAGGAAUUCUGCGAUAUUACAAAUCGUUCCGCAUCCUACAGAUGCUCUGGCAAGAAUAUAGAUAGAAACAAUGCCAAAGACUUCAACUUCAUUUUGAACUUGAAAAGUGGCGAUUUCAACGCUUGGUGUCCAGGGGUAGGUUGAAAAAUAUCACUUUUCGAUCCCCAAAAGUACUUCUCUGUAAGAAUCUUCUCGAUUCAAGUGAAUGAUAUUGAAAUUGUCGAAGUUAAGGUCUCUUUCUGAAGUAAGCUAUGUGUCACACUAUAUAUCACAGUAUAUAUGGAGGGGUCUUUUAUGGAGCAGUCAAUCGCUUCAAAAAUGUUCGUACAUGGCAUGAUGUUAGAUCAUGAGGAUUGAACCCAUACCCAUAGUAAAUAGAUUUUUCAAUUCAAUUCAAUUCAAUUCAAUUCCUUCCUGCAAUAUUAUUGCUAAAGUGUUCUAGUGUAUCUAGACGUACUCUUUUUUCCGUUCAUUAUCACGGCUGAACGCAAUUGCUUGCAAUCCAGCACCUCUCUAAAGUAAAGCUGGAACAUAGACCCUAUAAUCCAUCGUAAAGCGGCUAUCACAAAUGAUCGUGAUGACUUGCACCAGACAAACUGCGAAUUAUAUUUAGAUUAUUUGCUUUUGGCCGAGAGAACACAGUCCAUUGGCUAGUUUAGUUAUCUGAGUAGCUUUGGUCGUGGAAAACAAGUUUGAAUAUAACAGUUACCCUUCCCUUCAACAUUUAAUCAUUUGCAAUGUACAUAUUUGCUCAAUUUAUAUUAUUUUAUUUAGCAUAUCAUUUAGUUUUCUGUAAUUUCAAUUUGACACGUCAGAACUAAUUAAAAGGAGAAUUCAAGCAUUUUCUGUUUGGCGUAUCGUCGCACACCGCACCGCACCGUUCAGCACCUUGAUCACGAAAUUGGGUUUGUUCCACCAUUCAUUGAACCAUUACACGACGAUUGGCCAAUAAACUGGUGGAUAACCCAAGUCCAUCUUUCCUCCUACGGCCAAUGUUAUCUUGUCGAAAUAGAACUAACAUCAGGCUAGCUAUGGUAACGCAGAUUUGCGAAUCCGCCUACUGAGAAGUAUACAAAAAUGUCAAUUCUACAUUCACACUAUUAGAAAAACAAACAAGAACAAAAUAGUGCGAUAAACGCCUAAAUUAUAUCCCUGCAUCUCAGCUCACAUUUGCAAAUAUUCUAUCCAUGAAUUUAAAAAAAAAACUGAAGCUGCACUACACAAAAAAGGAACUUCUGCUCCAGUCCAGUAUUUAAACAUAUACAAGCAUAGUAUCACCGGCAGACAUCACUCCCCUCCCAGGAUCACAGGAGAGGAAGAAGCUGGGCCAGCAACUUUACUGAACAUAAACGAAAAACUUACAAACAGUUGCUUGUGUAGCCGACUCGGGCCAACUCGAAUAAAGAUGAAUGAGGGAGAAACUUUAGCAACAAUAAUUAAGGGAAAAAUUGUGCACCCGGUUGGGAAGAACUCUGAUCUGCAAAAGUGAAAAUUUGCAGUAUCCGGCGGUACUGUCAGAGGGUGGAAAAUGCAACUAGUAAUAAAUAGCAGAAAUCACUAAGAAAGACUGAAAUUUAAAGUAAACAACCGUAUUCAUUCGAAGAAGAAACCAGUAAAGUAGCAUAUAUCAUGCCGAAAACCAUACAAUUAGAUUACAGAAGUGAAAGGAGUGAAAUCGGCAAACUAUUGUCCGAAGUUUGUUUGUCGGUGUAAGAAAAGUUAAAAAAAAGAUAGGUUUUGUUCGAAAUCUAACCAACCAAUCAACGCAACGUUUGAAUGUAUGCAAUUCCGGCAAAGGUCGCGGGUUCGAUUUACAGUACCUACCCGAGUCGAAGGGUGGGCGUUAUGAUUGAUGCAGAUUGCUUUGUUAUCAUCAAAUCUAAACUGUUCAAGCUUCGUUGAAACGAAGUAAGAAAAAAAACCAUACAAAUAAAUGGUAAACUGUAAACUAGUUGUAAAAAGUACAAAGCUGAUGAAGCUACUUAAUAGAGUCAACUGUAAAAAGCUACUAAAUUUCUGUUGAACAAAGUUUUUUAUGAAGCGUUUCUGUUUGAAAGUUCGACGAUCUCUGCGAGAAAGCGAAUGGCUCUAAUGCCUGUAUAGAUUAAAUAUGUAUCAUAUAUGAAACGAUGGAGUUUGGAAGACAACAAAUUUCGAGCAACAAAAUUGUGGACAAACUAUCAUUUGUACAAGUUUUAGUGUAAAUAUGAUUUGCUGAAUUACUUUCCCUAAUGAAUAGUUUUUGAGUUUCUCCACUGUAAUAUAGAGAGAUUAGAAAGUUGUUAGUAUUUAUUACGAGUCAAGUUCAGAAAUGACAAAGCAAAACAAAAAAUAAAUAUUUAUUCCACGAUUACUUACUGAUGAAACUAAGCAUUAAUAAUGAAACAAGGGAUGCCAGCAUGGAACCUUAACUACGAUAAGGUAUGAAUAUCGCGCGAGAUUAGAAGGGAAAAGUUUUGAGCUGCACAUCUAAAUAAAAUCUUUGAUUAUAUUCAUAUACAUAGGUAAUUUGCAACUCUAAAAGGAAACCAUUAUAAGCUGCAUUGCAAUGAUCAUUUGGUUCUGCUUGCCUUUUCCAUAUUUUUAUAGUUUUAACAUGAGUUAGGAUGCGAUGUUGGUCAUAGUAAUUAUAAACAGCGAUAUCAGUUCUCAGAGUGCAUUUUAAUGUGCGACAGGAAAGAAACUAAUUCAGAUUUUCACUCUAACUGCAGUCAAAUCAUACAUUUUGGCGUAAUUAACGAACACGAUCCAGUUGUGUCGCAGAUAAAUACAACAAUGGUGCCCAUUAAUGAUUGCAGUUUCCACAAAUGAGGUGCCCCGAUUACGGCACGAACAAAUCACUUGCUAGAUCAUGAAUUUCUGACAAACUUCGUUAUUUACUGUUCAUAUGUAUAUCCAAAACAGGAGCUAUUGGCUUGCGGUUGAAAGUAUCACCUAUCCGCUUGUGACACUUUAUGCAAAACACUUUAUGCAAAACUUAUUCACUCCCAAAUUUUCAAAUUAUUUUCUAUGACAUGACGGGAGGGAUUCGAUUUUUUUAAAUAAUUUUGCUUGCAUGCUGUUCUUAGAGCACAUGGCCUUUUGUUUCAACAGACUUCGCAACCGUUUCUUACUAUACAAGACAUUUGCAUGGUUUUGAUCAUUCCUUCUAUCUUCACCUUUUGACCCGUCAGGUCAGUACAAUACGUAAACACUGAACUUAUUUUACGUUACAUUUCGAACACUAAUUCCAACGUGUAGAAGGUUCAGGCUAAAGAGACUAGUAUAACAAAGAGAAAUCAUCUUAAUUCAGUGAAAACAAUUCAACUAGCUACCAAGCUACGAUUUACAAGCAACACUGCAAAUGUGCAAGCCUCACAAAAUUUGUUUGUUGUUAUUGUGUUAGUUUCUUUUAGCCAAAAUAAAAAUCUAUCGCCACUUCUGGAAUCUUAGUUUCUCGACCGGCUAAAACAUGAUUUUAUCUAGAAUGGAAUUUCGCAACAGCAAACCACAUUAGAACAAUUAGAGUCUUUAAAACAUUUAAUAAUUUUAAUGGAUUGUAUAACAAUACUUCCAAAAACACAAUGCCACAUAAUGCUAAACAUUUACGAUUGACAACUCUCUUGUUCGUUUGGAAUGGCAUUGACAAUUAAAUUGAAAUUCCAAACGAAACAUGGCGUCUCUUUGUUAUUCUAGUCUCUUUAGUUCAGGCUAUUAUAAAUUAUGCAAUUCUACUAUGGACAUCGAUGUGUCCCUUUAAAAACGACAUUUUAGAGUGGUGUUGAUAACCCGAUGUCCCAUGUUCAAUAAUUAACAAAAAAGAUGAAUGAGUUAUAUCAGAGACAUAAGCGGAGUGAAAUAGAAUACGCUAUAGGCUGUUAAUUCGCACGGUCCACUUAUAGUAAUUUUUUGAAGGGAUUGUAUUAAGAUCAGAUCAAUUUGGAUAAACUCGUUGAACGUACAUUCCGUUUAACCACUACAAAAAACACAAAUCUUCACUAGAUUUCAUUCUGCUAUGAUUUUGAUAUUGUAUUUAGUUCAGGAUGGAAUCCAGCUUUUUCAAAUGCUAUAAUAACGGUAAACUUUAUCAUGUUCGUAAUAUUGGUACAGUGCCCAUUUUGACAAUUAUUGAUCACACCGGCUUCUGAACAAGUUCCCUUUAGAAAUUUUGGUUAUUCAUUGAACUAACGUUUAACGCUUUGAUAUAAAGUACAGUCGCGUUUCGCUGGUUAGUCACUUUUUAACUGGAUUGCUUUUUACUUGGACUUCCGCUAGUUGGACCAUUGUCCAACUAAAAAGCAUCCGAAUGUCAAAAUCUCCUGUCAAAUUCACUUGGACAAUCAAACUGACAUUAAUUAGAGAUGUGAGCAGAUACAUUUUCUGGCUAACUAGCUAGUCAAAUUUGUUAGUUGGACAGAGGGUGUGGCCCAACCAGCGAAUCACGACUGUAGAAUGAAGUUUUCGUGCGAUAGUUUUUAUAAUAGCUUUUGAAAAGCUUCAAAGCCUAGCCUUUACUGUAUUGAUACUUUCUUGGACUCACUUUCGUGCCUACCAUAGUAACAAUUGAGGUUUUAUGGUGCUCUUGAAGCCUCUCUUAAAACUUAGACCACACUUGUAGUGUGCUAUAAAACUUAAAUUGUUACUUGAGUAACCGCUAGAAUCCUCGAGUUUCCCUCAGUUGGUAACACAUACUGUCUCUCAUAGUAUGAGAGUAUGACGUAUGACCAUGAACAGUAGGGACUACUUGGAUUAUCUCUACUUCGCUUAGCACAGCUCCAAGGUUGGAUCACCAUUCCUCAGAGUCGAACACGCCACCGUAGCCAAUAGACGCCUCUCAAUUCCUCUUGGACCAUCAAUAUUCGGUAUCAUUCGAACUACUAGCUGUAGCUCUUCAAAAUAUUGCAAAAGUGGUGGAGGACGCAUUUUGUGCAACGAUGCUGCUAUGGCCUCCCAGCUGGCACUGUUAAACUCGUUCUUGACGUCUAUCGUUACCACGGCGCAGUACCGGUUGUCCUUUUCUAUUUGGGCGCUCUCUCUGCUCUCUCUCUCUCUCUCUCUCUCUCUCUCUCUCUCUCUCUCUCUCUCUCUCUCUCUCUCUUUACGACUGUCUAGAUUCCUUCCACAGUAGUUCUUCCGUGCUGAAAUCCGAACUUCCAAAUAAUGUCAAUAGAACCCUUGCCAAGGGCUUCCCGAAAGUAUGCAGUGGGCAUAUGGGCCUGUAUGUUCCUCAAACUCGUGACUAUUUCCGCUAUUUGAGGCACAGCAUUUUUCUGCCAGGCAUUUCAUCUUCAUCGUGCUAAACAUGUCAGGGAAGGUUUGGAUUUGAAAACUUGGAUUUGUAACACUUUGAAAACGAUCACCAUUAUCAGCUGGACAUUAGAGACGUGCAUAUUUUCAGUGUUUUUGCUUCUUUUGCUUUUCUUUACCUUUUGCAUGUAUCAGGCAAACAGCAGUUGGGAAAUUGGAUUUUGAGAUGAUUAUGACUUUCAUUGGUUCAGUUUUCGAUAAAAAUACACUGAAAAAAAUCAGUUUGGAUAAGGAAAAGUUUUUUUCAAAUAACUUUUUUUCUUUGAAAGAGCCCACUUGAAUUUUUGACGGUAGGUAGGAAACAUAAUUACCUAUCUUGGAACAAAAUUUCAAAAAAAUCAAAGAUGGGGUUUUUGGGUAAAUCGACUUUAAAUUUUUAAAAACAAAUUUUUCCAGUGUAGGAGUCGAUGAAGAAUUUUUUCAAUAUUUUUAUUCAAAAAUUUGACUAGUUUUGUGAAAACAACAUUUUUGUAGGAUUUGUCAAAAAAAAUUGGUAAAAAUAGUUUAAACCUUUUCAAAAGACAGUCUGGAUCAUUUUUGGAAAAACAAAAUAUGCAAAGUGGUUUUUUGUGACAAAGUUCUCAUGUACAGAAAGUUUCAUUAAAAUCUGAGAGGGUGCUGCCAACAUUUGUUCGAGUUGGCGCGAAAUUCGUCUUAAUGAGAAAAGCUCAGAACAGUGGUGUGCAUUAUUUUUUGCCAAAACAAAGCACUAAACGGUGAAUGUGAGUUAAUUUUGGUAAUUGAUACCUUGAUGAGUUACGAAAAGACUGCAGGAGUUUAUACUUGUCUCACUUAAAUUCAGCAAGUAGGUCUGGUUUAAACGUACACUCGUGCUUCCAUACCAGCCUAUCCCAGGUAAGUGAAAAUCUCCGUGUGCAAGCCUUCCUGGAGGUGGCUUUACCAGAGCUUCCACUUCACCGCCCAGACAUUGAAAUCUCCUCCGAUCACCGCCGUUCGUCGUCCAAUCAGAUUGUCGAUUAGUAGGCCAAGCAUCAGGUUGUAUUGCUCCACUGUUCACCGCGACGAUGCGUAACAACUAACAACGAGAACGCCGUUAAUUCUGGCAAUCAGAAAGCCUUCGAAUAGGCACUCGACCAUUUCUUGGAUGGAGAAUCUGUCCAUACCUUGUAUCGAAGCCAUUUCCGCUCUUUCCGUUAUAUACUUGUCAUUGGCAGUGCUGCAUCACAGUGAUUGAGAUUCACUCUAGUUUCUCCAUUAUUGCUGACUUUGUAUAUAGGGCAUUUGAAGCCUUCCAUGAGAUAGCAGUUUUCAUCGUCAUCAUCCGUCCGUAACAGACCCUGCACCUCGGCUCAUCCUCGGUCAAGUGUGCCUUUUUUCACAAUACGGAUUUAUCAGUUCACCGACUGCUGACCGAAACCCAGGCACCCGAACCACCUGUCCAUUUGCUUAUACUCUAGGGAUUAAUCUUAAAGAGCAUACCAAUCAACCGACUUUCACUUUACCGGUCACCAUCAGCUGGUUGGUUGCGGUAGCCACAGGCAUAUCGCUGCUGUUUAAGUGCCACCAUACGUCAUGCUCAACCUUAUUGACAUCGGCUCUUGUUCCAGGUUAUGCCCAUACCACAUUGCUUUGGGAUCAAUCGUUGUGACCUCUUUCAGUCCUCGACCACCGCUUUGCGAGUUAAAACUCUUACCAUCGCUUCUUCUCCUACCACUUAUGCCACGAGUUCCCGAUAGCUCGAGCUCUUAAACUUUCUCUUUCUUCUUUUCGUUCUUUCGUUUUUCUCCUCCCCUCUUUUUAUGUUUCUAUGGUUCACCAUCCACUAUCCAUUUCUUGGUCGUUCCGCUACUCUUUGCUAACUUUCUUGGAUUUCUUCCGUCCCUCCUCUUCUUCUGACGUAUCCCUUAGUGGAAACCGAGGAGAAAUGAAACAGAGGAGAAUUCAAACAACGUCCAUUGCUAGCGAAACCGUGCCGUUAGAAAUCUGGCCAAAGUAUUUUUGCUGUACAUCUUUCGUAUAUGUUUAACAAAAGUAUUUUUGCAAAAUUCCUAACGGUAUGGUUUUGCUAGAAAUGGGCUUCGUUUGAACUCUCCUCUGCUUCAAAUCUCUCCGGUUUCUCCUACUCUUUUUACAGUACGAGUAUACGAGUCAUUCUUCGGCUUACCAUGGGCUUCAGCGUUUGCUUCCUCCGUAGUCUUCAGUACUUUUACGGCGUUUUUAACUCAUUCUAACAACGUAAUCUGUUCGCAUUUAGCGGGUAAUACGGUGGAUUUGAUGCUGAUCACUAGACCGUGCACGUUGGCCUUGCUUUUUACGUACUAGUAGAGCUCGUCGAUUUUUGGCCCCCGGCUUCACAACAUUGGACAACGCAGCUGAUCUUCUUAGGUUAGGCAACUGCUUGAUUUCGGUGUGGGUACCUGAAACCCUAGCUUCCCUUGGCGGUUUAUCGCUGCUUAGGCUCAGUAUAGCCUCCUGAAGUUACUAGCUCGCUGCUGCUGCUUUUUCGUCUGCAAUUAUUGUUGUACUGCAUCCACAGACAAACAGACAUAACACUCUAAAACUCACCAUCGCUCAUGUUGAAAACAGUUAUUUUACAAACAUGUUAGUGUGCAGGAACGCCGCACUCAAUUUGAUGGCGCCACUACUUAUCUUUAGAAGCUUUUACAUAGUAGCCUGGUAAAUAACUAAAUUGGUUGAAGGCACGAGUCUGUGUAAUGUCAAAACAAAGAAAGUUCGACAAUAUGAAAAUCAUUCGGUUUCCACGCGGAAAAUCGUUUGGAUGCCAGAUCAUUGUAUCUUGUCAAUAAGAUGAAAAAUGCAACAGUGAUUUCGAGCAGCGUAUUGUAUUGCAUAAGGUUUCAAGUACCUCACUGUGUGCAAACAAAUAUUCGAGAGGUUUCAUUGUCUAAGCCGACAGAAUGUGAAAACAAGGUUAAAACAAUUAAUUUCGGCCAGUCUGAGUCUUACAUCUGGCAGCAUUGAAACGUUUUAUUGCUUGAUGUCAUUUUUUACACUCUAAUACGAUAAUUAUUAGGAGAAGGGAAUUUUAUCGAAAAGGAAAAGAAUAAACAACGCUUUUUGUAUUUACUUGCUUGAAUAAGGUUUGCUGAAAAUUAAUUCUACAUUUUAUGAUUCGAUUACUGUUGCUUUGUAAACAGCAAAGUGGGUUGUACUGAGGAUAGGUGUUGGAGAACUCCAUAAUCAUUCCAAUAACUACCAUAUUAUGGGCGAAAUUACGGUUUCCGGCAAAACAAGUUCUAAUUUAUCCAUUGUGAAUAAAACUUCAAUAUCUUGCGCUAGUUUGAGCAUUAAACAAAUAAGAUUGAAUAACACGUGCAAUAUUGGCUUCAGACAGGAAUGCAACACGACAAGGAAGAACUCCAGCGAUGAGAAUAAUAAUCACUUAUUCGUUGAAUUAAAUCGAUCCGAUAUCAUAUUGUUACUGCACUAUGAUCAGAUCGUCUAUCUAGUUUAUUCUGGAAAGUAGAUGUGGUAUACGUAACGUUGUCGUUAUGAUGGCUAACACACGUACCUGUAACUUUUUCCAUUACGAAUCUUCUAUCUGUCAAUGGUAACCAGCGCAGCGUCGCUUUCUUUGAUGAGGUGAAUAGAACGUAGAGCAGGAAUGACGAUAGGUAGCGCUAGUGGCAAGCAAGAAUGAUCGUAUAAAUGUGAUCGAUAGAAAUUUUGAAUAAUUGUUCAAAGAGUUAUGUCUGUUUGUCUGUGCUGCAUCGUUUUGCUGGGAAGGCGACCUCGCUUACCCGCUUUUGGCUGCACUUGUUAUUAUUCUUUUGUAUGUUAUUUAUAUUAUCUUCCAUGUUGCUGGCCCGUAACUCCAAGCCGUUAUCUAGGCUACUAGUUGCCUUUUUAUAAUUCCAUGCUUACCUUUGCGAGCAUCGAGGUCGCAUACGAGGGUUGACGGAGUUGUUCAUGGGAUACCGUUUUCAGGAUCAUAUCGGUACUAAUCACGAACGUUCAACUAAGCAAAUUUCAACCAGCUAAGGCGCCAGGACUCGAGCGUUCUUGGAGAUUUAGUUUUGACAGGACGGGAGGCAGCCAGUAUGAUUAGUUCGAUCGGCGUUACGAGGAAAUAUCACUUAGUUGUCGUUUCGUACUGCCACACCGAUUCACGCUCGUGCCCUACCGCUAGUAUGACUUUGAUCUUUGAUGACGUGUGAUCUUUCUGCUAUCGAUCCUAAUGUGCCGCUUUGCACUCACGUCGGUGUUGGGUUACUGCACUUCAAGCGGCUUGUACUUGCCGUAUUAGAGCUGCUUGCGGAUGUUUGUAACUCGUUAUAGAAAUUCAACAGAAUGCAUUUUUGCAUCCAUUGACAUCCUAGCUCUCUGUAUGUGUAAGUGUACCAAUAUAAUACUCCCAAUACUCCCCCAUAUAAUACUCCCAUGGUCAUGGUCCAAUUUUGAUAGUGUUUUAAAUGAGAUCAACCUAUCAAAACACCAUCACCAUGUACCGGUUGAUCCCAUAUAAAAACCAUAUUUUGGUAUAUUUAUGGGUUAUUGAGACCAUUAUACGGUGUUUUGAUGAUUUUGAAACUUGACACGGACCAUAUUCAUGGUCUUUUAAAAGAGGUAUAUGGUGCUGAGCCCAAGAGAAUUUGCUCGGGAUGUUCGUUUGUAAAAUGAUUCAAUUGGGUCGAGCUGACAGUAGAAAUCCAGCAAAAGGCCAUGAUUUACGCAUUACUUGGUACGGCAUGAAACCAAGAAACAACACGAAAUUUGGUUUUCCAUCGAAAAGUGUGCAUUCAUUCGGGGAGGAGUGGAUUUUAUCUCUCUCUAGCUUUGGAGUGUACUGCAAGUCCAAUAUUACAUUGCAACCGUAUCCAUAAAAAGCUAGUGUAUCCAUGUUCUAUUUUGUUCAUAAUUUUCGCAUGUUAAGACAAGUUUUGUACGGAGUUAGUUUCCUGUCAAACUUUUUAUUCACAUAAAUUCACCUCAACAAACUUAAUCAAUGGGAAAGACUCAAACUACAAAAAAACUAUCAAAUAUUUGUGCGACGAGACUCGAUUAAAAAUUGCUAGGGUGGUAUCUAGUUUAGAGAUAACAGUUGGAUUAGUUCAGUUCAACCGCUUACUUUCCAAAGUUAAUAUUGUCAUGCCUAAAAUAUUCAUUAACAAAAUUACACCAAAGCGUUAAAAUUAGUUCAAAGCACAUUGCAGAGCGAUUAUUUAAAUUUGAUAUAUUUUUCGUUAGCCGUAACUUUGGAUAUAUUGUCAUCCUUCAGAAGUAAAGAAGCUCAGCGCAAGAACGGUCCAACUGUAUAAUAGUACUAUGAUAUAUUGCUCCCUAAAGAGAAAAAUUUAGUUGAAAACCAAUUUAUCUUCACUGAGAAGAAAAUUAGGUAAAAUUCCUUUUCCGCAGGAAGGGCACACAACCUAUAACUAAAUUAGUUAUGGAAUUUUCGUUUCGACCUCGUCUCAUCGGAAUACGACACUAACUUAGUGCAAAGAAUUCGUCGCUAGCUUUGUCCUGGGACUAAGUUAGUGUCGGAUUGUUUUGAGACAAAGUCAAAACACAAAAUCCAUAACUAAUUAAUUUUUAAAAAAGUGGCGUCUAGGAAAAAAUAUGUAGUUGAGUCGUUCUUGUCGUUCGUUCUGGUCUCGUAGUUCAGGAGUGAGACGCUAGUAUCCUUAUUAACUUAUGAGUCAGUCGUCGUUUGUACGAAGUCUGUCGAAAACAAAAGGUUAAAAUUUCACAAAGAAUUGCGAUACCAAGAUUUAGCAGAUCACAUUCUUUUUUUUGAUGGAGAGGUAGAGUCUGAUGAUUCGCUUAGCACUGAUUCGACACAAAGAUUAUUAUUUUUAAAAAUUUGAUUAGCAACCGAUUCCAACGUACAUGACAGUGAUAAGUGGCUCGUAAUUAAUCAAUUUGAUUUAAUUCUUAAAUUUGUUUUAAUUCUAUCAAUCUAUCAAAAAACAACAGCACGAUACAUUCGAAAGACGAUCAAUACUAGGCCAUAAUUCUCGAGCUUUUCUAUAAACAAUAAUUAAGUUUGCUUAAGCGAAAUAUAAUUACUUUUCGCACAGAGCUUUAGCUUGCUUUAGUCAAAGUCGCUUGUUGGUAGACAUUUUAUGAGAUAGAGAGAACGCAAUGCACGAAUCCAACAAACAGGUUAUACAACUGCACUAUAAACCUAUCCAAACUUGUAAAUCAAUCUAAUGGUGAUUCGAACCCAAACAACAUUAGUGUUGAAAAAAUCAAAAUUUUUUAAAGUAAACUAUUUCACAUCAAUCCUUCACUUCUGUCUGACACGAGAUUUCCCGUUUCUCAACAAAAAAAAAUUACACGAGACAAGAAAAUCAAAUCUUGGAAAUCCUUAGUUGCUCGUUGUGAAAUUCCUCAACAUCCUUUGAGCUAUAAUUUAAAUAGGUUCUCCAAUAAACGAAUUCUAUUUAAAUUCCCAGAACCUGAGCAUUUCGGACUACAACUAUGUCGCAUGUAUGGCAAGAUUUGCUUUUAUUAACCGUUUUGUUAUUUUAACUGUGACCGUACACUUCCAUUAUGUAACGUUUGGAGAAAUGUUCAACAUAACAAUCAAUGAAACAAUUUCGCAAAAUUAUUCCCAUCUUGGAAUUCCUUUCACCCAUGAUCCUAGACAACAUGUCUGGUCCGUUUGCUUAUGUCGUCGAUGAUUUCGAAUCCAUGGCUAUACAAGUUAUUGCAAUUUGCUGUUACAUACAACACUUAAACCAAUUAAGAUAUUGUUUAUUUAAUACGCUUCGCUCCAAAACAUGAUCUGUGAUGGCCACCGACCAAAUUAUAUUGAGCAAAAGGAGAACCCCCAAAACAUAAGGGGAUUUUAUAAAAAUCCUCUGUCCGAGGCAAAUAAAACGCUGAGCGCUUUCCCCUCUCAAAAUACAAUGCAAAAUACGUAACAUGAAGGAAGAGGCAUCAUCUUCAAAAUGGUGGCCAUCCUUUCGCUAGUAAUAAUGCAAAGUCUAACGCAGUUUCUUCUUUAUCUAAAAAAAUACGAGUACUAUAGAAAACUUUCUAAUAAAUUCUAAAAUCGAAACCUAAAAAACAAAAAUAUACACCGUGUAUGGAAGGAACAGAAUGAGAAAUGCUAUUAUAGGAAAAAAAAAAAGUGGAAAAGAUAGGUUUAUCUUUCAACCUGAAACACGAAUAAAUAUGCAUCCUUCAUGCUAAAACAAAAAUACAGAUUAGCAGAAUAAAAAGUAGGACUGAACAGAAGAUGUUGUGUUGUCAAAAAAACCACACAUAAUAAUCGAAGCUUUCAAUCCGAAACGCUAAAAUGGCAGGUUUGCUAAUUGCAUAUUCGUGGAAGGAAGUGACGCAACACUUCGGCAAGACAAAACAAAAUAAAAAUCUUCCAAAACUAGCAGCCUCCACGUACACCGCGAUGACUGAUUCGGUGCGAAAAUACACGCAAUUUAAGUCAAACGUUUGAUUUUCUAAUGCUGAUGCAUGCUUUCUGAUAUUUUUCCCAUGAUUUUCGUCGUCAUAGGAGGCCGUCUUUAUACAUACAAUUCCAACCGAUAAAUUGCAGAUUUCGAUUGCGACAAGACACAUAAAAGAGAGAUAAAAAACACGGGCGAAUAUAUUAAAAUGUGAAAAUAUUAUUAAGAUAAUUAUAUAAUGAUUAACAAACGGGAAAAAAACAUUAGUAGUUAUUGAUUUCAGCAUUUAUUAUACACAUUAUCUAUUGAAACCAUCUACCAACAAACAUCACGAAAAAAAAUGAGACAAAGAAUGAAAAGCAUGAGCAUUCCAGGUGAGCUGAUGCGAGUAUUGCUCCAAAUUGAGCUGUGGAUGACACACCCCAAUGAGGGAUGGGCGUUCCACCUUCAGUAGUGAAAGACAACUUUUGAAUUAAGUGAAAAACAUUAUUCAUAAGGUAAGACGAACUUGAGGAAAGCAACUAGAAAAAUGUAAGAACUUUGAAACUAGAAAUAAAGUAAUUGAAAAAGUUAGCAAA